AUGAAAUGGGAGGUGCAGGCCUUCCCUGACGGUCCUACUCUGACCCUCGGCGGCACAGUCGAGCAGAUUUACAAGAGGUUGGUGGAAAUCAACCCCAACUUUGACGCCGACUGGGGCGUAGGUGACCCCAAGGUGGCCGACGACGCUGCGGCCCUGAAGCGCCGCACCGAUUUCACCGGCUCGUCGUUCCUCUGCGGUGGCAAAUGGCCGCGAACCGGAGUUGGUGAUGCCAGCAAGGGCAUUGACUACUUGUACACCGUUCCCGAAAAGUCCAGGAACGGAGCUGGCCCUGGUAACUGUGGGAAAGUCAGCUGCUCGGGCAGUGAGGGGCAAGGGGCUAGUAUCUAUUGGUGCAAUGAUGAUACCCAACCCAAGGAGCUAGCUAGCUUUGGGUCAAUUGCGGAUGGUGCCCUUUUUCUUUACAGAAGUUGUAAAACUUCGGGCUUGUUUCCAAUGGUGUCUGGCCAGGUCUUCCAUAAGACUAAUUGCAACGUUAUUAUCGCCAACUCCUAUUGCUAG